AUGAGAACUUGCAAUGUUCUGUGGAUGAACUGAUUCUUUCCAAAAAUGAGCUUGUAGGUAUUGUGAAGAACGGAGAAGAAAUUCUCUUACAUAUUAAAAUACCAAACAGAAAAAAUGUAAUAGAUUUAGAGAUAUUCAAAACCAAGCACCAAGAAACUCAAAUACGGAUCUUCUGGGCUUUUAUUGAAGAAAGUUUGAAUAGAUGUGAUGCUUCCUAUGUAAAGAAGAUAAAAACCGCUGAGAAUGAAACUGUAACAGGAGUGAAAUUAUCUAAAGACAAGACAAAGGUGAAACUCAGAUUAGGAAUUGAAAAAUGGAUAUAUUAUUCAGUGAAAUACCGACAAUUCUUGAAUAAUUUUAUUGGAUUGGAUUGUUGGAAAUUAACAGAGCAAAACACUACAAUUACGAACGAAAGCCAAAAACAAUUAGAAAAUAAUUCUCAAGAUGUAGAUGACACACAAAUAGAUGAAAUUGUUGAUUCAUCAAAUUUCUUUGGUGUUGGCCAAGAAAAGCCUUUAGAAAUUGUUGGAUCGGAAACACAAACAGAGAUUAACAAUCAUUCUUUAGAAAUUGUAGGUUCGGAAAUGGAAGUUGACAUAGUACCUGUUAGACAAAGAGUAAAUAGAAGAAAAAUACCACCAAAACCUGCUGGACCUAUUAAAUAA